GCCAGUAGAUGCGAUGUAAACUUUCAGCGAUAUGAAGAUGAUCAAGGGCACCGCUAUCUCGUUUACUGAUAGGAACAAAGGUAAUGUGGACGUACGCUCCGGCUGGCGGGUGCGGCACAGUUCACAUCGCAGAGGUCUGCAUGGAUGAUCGACUUGAGCUUAAUAAUGGUAGGCUCCAUUAUCGACCGGGUACAUAGGAUCAUUGUUGUCCAUAAAUAUUGGUUUGUGCCAGCUUGGCACAUCCACAAGCAUUUUUCAAGACUGUUCAAUUCUUCCCGUAGUGUAUCCCUGAUAUCUCGGUCCGACUGUCCGACAUGUUGAGACAAGCAGAGAGCAUGGAAAGAACACCAGAUACAGAACAGAGCGAUGACAUAGACGACUAUGGCCGUCGACGACCAGAAAUAUUCAGUAGUUUUGCCAAGGAGUUGGGACUCUGCUUUGCGAUUAUGUCGUCUCAAGUAAUGGCAGAGUAUUUUAUUUCGGGAUUCAAUGUCAUCGUGCCGACUCUGACGAAAGACCUGAGUAUACCUAUUGCAGAGUCUAUUUGGCCAGCAAGCGCGUUUGCUCUUACUGCUGGAAGCUCUCUCUUGAUCUUUGGACGCUUGGCUGAUAUCUACGGCGGCUAUGUUGUCUUCAUCGGCGGACUCGUGUGGAGCUUCAUCUGGUCGCUAGUUGCUGGAUUCUCCCAGAACAGACUCAUGUUGAUCUUCGCACGCGCUCUACAAGGUUUCGGACCUGCUGCCUUCCUCUCGUCUGGAGUCAUGAUUCUCGGCUCGAGCUAUCGACCAGGACCACGCAAGAAUUUGGUGUUCAGUAUCUAUGGCGGCUGUGCCCCUGUUGGAUUCUUCUCCGGCAUCUUCUUCUCGGGCCUAAGCGCCCAAUAUCUGAAUUGGCGCUGGUACUUUUGGAUUGGUACCAUUCUGACAGGAGUAUCACUGUUGUUGGGGUUGUUUUUCAUACAAUCAGACUUUCAUGCCAGACAGAAAGCAAACAGCAUGGCGGAAGUGAAGAUGGACUGGGCUGGCGGUGUGUUCUUGUUCUCUGGUCUCAUAUUGGUGGUUUUCGCAGUCAAUGACGGUGCCCAUGCGCCACAGAACUGGGGAACGUCGUACAUUAUCGUAUGCUUUAUCGUGGGUAUCUUUGUCCUCGGCGUCACGGUCUAUACUGAAGGCUGGUACGCUGAGCAGCCUCUGCUUCCCUCGAGCUUAUUUAAGGUGCCUCAGAUGAAAGCAUUGAUAACUGCUCUGUUCUUCUCAUACGGGGUCCUGGGUACUUGGCUGCUCUACACAACGUUUUAUACUUCAUCGAUCAUGGGCGUUAGACCGAUGCAGCUAGUCGCUUGGUUCUUACCUUUCGCAAUCGGAGGUUUGGUUCUGUCGGCUUUUGGAGGACUCAUCCUCCACAAGGCACCUGGUAAAGUCUUCCUCGCCAUUUCGGGCGCAGCGUGGGUGUUGGCACCGUUGUUAUUAGCUAUUGCUCCACCAGGUGCAUCGUACUGGGCGUUCAUCUUUCCUGCUAUGAUAUGCGGUACUAUAGGCAUCGACAUCACCUACAACGUUGCCAAUGUAUUUAUAACAACAAAGUUGGCUGAGAGAGAACAGGGACUUGCUGGGGCUGUUUGUAACAGCAUCUUAUUUCUGGGCGUCAGCUUCUUCCUAGGCUUUGCAGACUUGACUGCCCAGCAGACCGAAGCAUACGGCCUCCGCAAAAGCUACCAGGCUGUCUUCUGGUACGCAGUAUGUUGUGCAGCAGUUGCCCUUGUCCUCAUAUUGACAUUUGUCAACGUGGAAGCCGCGAGGACUGAAGAACGAGCAGAUGACCAACUGGAGUCAGGGUCCAUAAGAGAGUCCUGAGCUCUCUAUGGUAUUGGCAGUAUACAUGUGGAGCUCGUAGAGCCCCUGGCCAAUCAUGGAUAAUGUGCAGUAUAACCUAGAUAGCUCUCCAAAUCUCCAGGACUGGCAAGCAUACAUUACUCGCAAUCGGAUG